AUGAGUUCUUCGUAUUAUGUGAACGCGCUUUUUAGCAAAUAUACGGCGGGGGCUUCUCUCUUCCAAAAUGCCGAGCCGACUUCUUGCUCCUUUGCACCCAACUCGCAGAGAAGCGGCUACGGGCCGGGCGCCGGCGCCUUCACAUCCACCGUGCCGGGCUUAUACAAUGUCAACAGCCCCCUUUAUCAGAGCCCCUUCGCGUCGGGCUACGGCCUGGGCGCCGACGCCUACAACCUGCCCUGUGCCUCCUACGACCAAAACAUCCCCGGGCUCUGCAGUGAUCUCGCCAAAGGCGCCUGCGACAAGGCGGACGAGGGCGUGCUGCACGGCCCGACCGAGGCCAGUUUCCGCAUCUACCCCUGGAUGCGCAGUUCAGGACCCGAUAGAAAGCGGGGACGCCAGACCUACACGCGCUACCAGACACUGGAGCUGGAGAAGGAAUUCCACUUUAACCGCUACCUGACACGGCGCCGCCGCAUCGAGAUCGCCCAUGCGCUCUGCCUCACCGAGCGCCAGAUCAAGAUCUGGUUCCAGAAUCGGCGCAUGAAAUGGAAGAAAGAGCAUAAAGAUGAGAGCCAGGCUCCCUCUGUGGCCCCCGAAGACGCGGUGCCCCCUGUCUCCAAGGCAGCUACUGACAAGGCAGAUGAGGAGGAAGAGGAAGAAGAGGAUGAGGAAGAGGAGGAAGAGGAAUAA